AAUUUCAAUAAUUUGCUAUGACACUGGGAUGACACAAAUUUAAUUAUCUAAAGAAUAGUAAAACUUCAGGACUUCCAGUUCAACUGGUCAAUAUGUCAAGAUCACUUAGUAAUAAUUAUACCUCGGGUCUUCCUGGUAUAAAAGAAAUUCUCAACCUUGCUAAACUUCUUAGAAAUAAUGGUGAUAAAGUUUUAAGUGCCUCUAGUAAAUUAUGUCUAUCAACAAAGCUUCUGAAUAAUCUAAACGAAGCAUUUUCUUUGAUAAUUAAUGAAACAGAUGACUUAGAAAGCUCUUUUCAAGUGUGCAAUAGUUCACGUAACGAAGUUUUCCAAGAUGUAAAAUUUCUUCAUGACUUUGUCCAAAAAACAGUUGGUCUUAAAAUUCUACAUAAUCCUAAUGAUAUGAAAGUGAAUGUCGAUAUUACUAAGUUUAGACACUUAAAAUACUUAGAAUUACAAAAGGUUCCUGUGGAAAUUGUUAAGGGAAUUCAGGGAAUUAGAGGACAGCUUGAAUGUAUUGUCUGUACUGGUGGUCAUGGAGUCAACAGUAUUCAUGAAUUACUGGCUUCUUGCGGAGGAGAUGAAGGAGUUGGAUUUGUUUGGGGUUCACUGCAACGAUUAGCAUUACCCUAUAACGGUCUCUCACAUCUAGACAAAUCUUUAGAAUUUGCACCCUGGAUGGAAACUAUGGACUUAAGUCAUAAUUUAAUCACCAAAAUUACUGAAUUAGAAUACCUACCAAAUCUGAGAAACAUUAAUCUAGGCUAUAAUAAUCUUGAAUAUAUUCCCCAAUUUAAUAAGGCUUCAUAUCACGCUUUGCAAAAAUUAAUAUUAAAAAAUAAUGAUAUUGACAACAUCAAUGGUUUACAGGGAUUAGAAUGCUUGAUCGAGCUGGAUUUAUCUUAUAAUUGUUUAAUGGACCACUCGUUGCUUUGGCCAUUAGAAACAAUGUCAAUGUUAAUGUGGCUUUGUUUAGAAGGCAAUCCACUAUUUCAUCAUCCUCGUCAUAGACUUCAUACUAUUAAACACUUGCAUUCAUCAUUAAGUGAUACGAAAUUCGUUCUGGAUAUGCAGCCGCUAAAUAAGUCAGAGAAACUAUUCGUCUCUGAGAACCGACUGUUCACAAUUGGAACAUCAAUGCAGCGAUCGCGAGAUCGCGAGCCCAAUCUCCCAUCCGUAAACAGCUCAACGGCGUCGUGUUUUGAAGCCAAUGACCACCCAUCAAAUAGUGACUUGGACUCACAAAAGUCGCUCAAGGGUGAAGUCGAGGUCGCUAAAAUUAAACCUAUGACCAGAAGAAGAAAGAAUGUACUGGAAGUAAUUAUCGCCGAGGACGAUUUAGAGAAGGAACAUUCAAAAUCCAAGCCGAACUCCCUUAGUAAUUCUUAUCUAGAAUCAUCGAUGGAUCAUUUGGAGACAAAGCGUCAGAUCUUGGCAUUACGCGCAAAAUACGGCGAAGACAAUUGGCUAAGCAGUUAUUCGGCAACUUAUAUUCAAAGCAUUAUGGGUAUACAAAGCUCCGGAGAAGGCUCGAAUACUCUCCUGUCAUCGACAUUUACCGACAAUCACGACAGUUACCAACAAGCUUCGCUCUGUGCCACCACUUCCAUAUCGCCAAUACUUCCCACGCAAAAUAAUAAAAAAUGUAUUUACUUAUGUAAAAAGAAUGGUGAAGAAAGUGAGGCAAAUAGAGAGCAACGACGAAUGGAGCGAGAAUACGAAAGUACAGAUGAAGGAAUAGUUGUGGAGACAGAGCCAGAGAACGAGACUGAUGAUAACGCAACUCUAAAAGUAGAGCCACACGAGACAUUGGAAGCUUCAUACGAUCCUGAAGAAGAAAAAGGUGAUUUAUAUUUGGUUCAAAAGAAGAAAGGACAGGAAGAACCUGAUGAAAUUUUUUUAAUUAUAACACCAGAAGACAUUAAGGAAAGAGAUUCCAUUAACGGUAAAAUUAAAUUUCGGUGGCCAACUGAUACGGUCCUUUCAUGCGUUUUAGGAAGAGGAACACCGACGACUGUCGAUAUUACAUUCGAUACUACACGAAAAGAUCGGGAAGCAAGGACAUAUAUCACUGAACUCGAAGAUGCCAAGAAAAUUGUACAAACUUUGAAUGAAAUGAUUAAGAGUCAGCCGAUGAUACUUAAAAUUUUUAAGUGCAUGAAGUGUUCUACUCACUUUUCUCAAGAUGGCGAUAAUAAUAUUGUCACGUCUUUACCUGCUGGUUUACAACCUAAAUGUCCGACAUGUAAAAGUACCUUAGUUAUACAAACAGAUGAGCUACCAACUCCAGCACCAGAACGUUUAGAAAAAAUUUUGGAAAAACCGAGACUUGAAGCUCAAAAAGAUUUGCUUAAUGAAACGCAGCUUCCACAUUCGAGUUCACAAUCUAGUAUCGGUUCAGCAACUAGCUUAGAAGAAUCUCGAGAAUCAACACCAUCAGCUGGAACAACGUCUAAGAAAUAUGAAAGCGAUAUUGAAGUACUUAGCAAUCCAAGUCAAAGUAGUAUCGAAGUUCUUGAUGACGGGUCAAAAUCAACAAUACCACACAGAAAGAAAUCAUCAGAAGAAAGGCGAGUAGCUAUCGCUCCUUCAUUAUUAACAAUCCCAGAUACAACUCUUUGUAUGGCGGGCUUAACCGAAAGUAGCUCAUCAGGUUCAUUGACUGAUAGUGUGUGUACUGCUUAUGAAAAUAAAACUCUUAAGUUAUUGGAUAAGACUGAAAUGUCCAAUAGCAGAAGUACCAGCGAUGCUGAAACAAUCAAAGCCGACACUUUGGAUUCAGAAAGUGCUUUCGCUCCCGUAACAAAUCUUACAUCAAUGUUGGGUGAAUUACUUCAAAGUAUGAAAAUUGGACAAUCCAAAGAUACGACAUCGAAAUCUGAAGAAAGUUCGGAAUUUAUUGGCAGUAAUAUUCAAUACUCUUAUACAAAUUUCAAUAAUGUUGAUCAUCGAAUUAAACUUCACAUUAUAUUAAAUGUUUUUGAACAUGAAAAUGAAGAUCUUGCUUUACUACUACGAGCUGAUAUCCUAACUCAGUCUUCAGUAGAUACAUUUCCUGGGUGUUUAGUUAUGUCAACAGCUAAAGUUUAUAUUUUAAAGAUUAAUGGACCAGAAGGUGAAAAUCCUCAACGUUGGCUGCACAAAGAAUCAAGUUGGACAAUAGAUAGGCUUAGAUCAUUCGCUCCAUUGCCUUUUAAACAGGGUGUACUUGUUGAAUUAGAACAACCUAGUAAAUCUGGAAAUAGUCUUACUAAUAGCGUAGUUUUGUGCAUUCUUCAAGAUUUUCAAAGAACAUCUAAUUUUUUAUUUUAUUUGACAGAUUCACCACUUCCUGCUAGUUGUGAGGUUGAAUUCACAGUACCACAAUAUUGCAAUUUCUCAAUGAAAAAUAUUCUCAAAUCCUCAAAAAAUAACAAAGAAGAAGAUAGCAUUAGAUUACUUGCAUUAUUUUCAUCAGCUAUAUUAAAAUCUCCAAAUGACACUAUAAAACUUAAAGUUUCUAGUUUAAUUAUAACCUCAUCAACUUUAAUUGUGGUGCAAGAUCAAAUUCAUUGGCUUUUAUCAGAAAAACAUAAGCUUCCAGUCAUAGUAGCUGAACAAGGAAUGAGUAACUUAAUCGAAGUAGAUUCUGGUGGAAACUCACUAGUUUUGAAUUUCUUAGACGAAGUAUUAGGUGCUGAUGCCAGUUGGACCUUAGAAUUUGUAUCAUCAAGCGCAGCAGAAGCUGUAAUUAAUUCUAUUCGACCACCCUGGGAAGAGCUAUUUUCGGUGCCGUUACAAAUCAAUGUUCCAUUAAUGUCAGAGAGCACUGAUAUUCAAGAAAGAACGUGACAGCAAAGCAUGGACCGUUUGAUAUAUUAUCGACACUACAAGUUCAUCAGCGUAAUUAUAACACGCAACAUUAUUUACAUUAAGCGAAUAAUCAUGACCUGUGUAUUAUAUCUAUAUUUUCUAUAUGGUCUCACUGAAAAUAGAUUCAAAUAUAAGAGAAAAAACUGAACCACUAAAUGGUGCUAGUAGCAAAAAGGUUGUUUAACAAAUGUACAUAAUAUAAAGAGAAUCCUGAAGGAUUCGUCUAUAAUUUACUCAUUUCUUCGAACGGAAAUGAAUUCUGUGUAUAUACAAGUUAUUUUAAGAAAUAAUUCUCCUAUGUCUAUUAAGUUAUGUAUUAUAUACAAGUAAUA